CAGAGAACACGUGGCUUCAGCGGUAAUGCAGCCCAAUGAAUGCCAGAACACAACGGGCGAAGGGAGAAAUAGAACUGAAAGAGACGAAGGCAAAGUGUGGAGCUGAGGCGGAGGGAACGCAGUUUUUGAGGACCAAAUAUUAUUGGACAACUAGCUAUUCAACUGCUCCUUGGCCAGGUGAGCUGUAAUGGCAAAAGGGGGGACAGGUCUCACCAGGAAGUUUGUUUCAGAAGCCGAGCUUGACGAGAGGAGCAAAAAAAGACAGGAGGGGUAGGAGAAAGUUAGGAAGCCUGAUGACCCUGAGCAGGUCCCUGAGCAAGAGUAUGACUCGCGUUCUCUCUUUGAGCGUCUGCAGGAGCAGAGAGACAAAAAGCAAGAGGAAUUUGAGAAACAAUUCAAAUUCAAGAACAUGGUGAGGGGAUUGGACGAUGAUGAGACCAGCUUCCUGGAUGAGGUUUCCCGGCAACAGAGCUUGGUGGAGAAGCAACGCAGGGAUGAAGAGAAACAGGAACAGUUGGAAUACAAAAUAUCCUUUGUUGAAACUCUCAGUCUUGACAGUAAAUUGUGUUGUUCAGAGCAGGAGGCAGGAGGAGGGCGAAGACCAGCGGGAGCUGAAAAUCAACAAACUGUCACGGGCCUGGCGCCCAAGAGCCCAUCGACCCCCCCUUAAUUCCAGUCCGGCUCUUCUUCACCUGCCCUCGGCGAUUAUUUGGGCAGCAGCGACUCCCACAGCAGCUCGGACAGCGAAGUUUAGCCAAGCAAGCAAACCCGCACUGCCUACUCCGAUGACGUCCCGAACACCCCACUCUCCCACCCCGUCUCGCACACCUCUCCCAACCCCAAGCCACACUGACGACAUGCUAUUGGCUGUGGGAAAAGUGAUUGACUGCUAUGGAGGAAGGAAAAGACUUCUUUCAUUCACAUAUCACAUAAUUCGUACCAUUGUAGCUACCAGCAACAGACUAGUGAGGUGCGGCAGGAGACACUCUUUGAGUCCCAUGCAGCCAAACUUAUGUUCGAGAAUAAUGGAAUGUGUGUCAUUUGUCCCAAAGUCGUGUAAUUCAGGGAAGAUAUUCAUCUGUUUACUCCUGCCCCAGACUCCAAAGAGAAAUAAAAAUAUUUCUGUUUUAGUCGGUUUCUGUGUUUAUUAUAAAUGUAUCCCAUUGAUAGAGUACAUUGUAAUCUUCUGAUUUUUUUUCUUUUUUUUGGCCAGUAUGCUUCACCAACAGGGUGUUAUGAGAACUCUGGGCUCUUUACCGCCGCCCUAGUGGCUCUUUGGCGCUUUUUCAAAAAUGUUUGAAUAUGGAAAAAGAUGGGGGUGAGAAAUAUGUUUUAGUAUGGUUUCUGUAGAAGGACAAACAUUCUCAAAUGUUUUCCAACACUAAAAAUGUUUGGAAUAAAGAUUAAAUUUCAAAAUUUCUGUCAACAACGAUUUGCCUGCGACACACGUUUCUAUUAGCUGGGCGGGAUGCCAGGCAGGUGGCUGUUGUAAGAAAAAAAAACAGCGUUGCAUGUAAUUCACCGAGGGUACUGGUAAAGAAUGGGAAAACGGGGGCCCGAGAGAAGCAUUUGAAAAUGGUCCACCUGAACGAUGAUAGUGAACACGUCGCAAAAGUGCCUUUGUGUCAGGUCUCGACGAAGGUACGCAUUGAUUUUCAGAAACUCUUGUCUACUUUCAGUUUCGUUCAUCUUCGGGGCCGUUGUGGCUGUUGCUCACGAUGGCAUGCGUGUGUGAGGUAACUGGUCGAUUGCGGGAGGCCGUUUGAUUGAAAAAUAGAUCUACGGUCGGAAAAAGGUCGCCUCCCCCUGUUCUACAGGGUGCACUGCAGGAAUUAAAAAUCAUGAUGGCUCAUUGUGUGUUUGUAGCCAAUUAGCCAAUUUAAUAGUAGGCUAAUUGGCUCAUAUAGAUACAGUACAUACAGCGAGUGUUGCCUUCAUUAUAAGGCUUUAAAUGUUUUACGACUCCAGACACAUUUGUUUUGGACGGUCCAGGAUGGCUCUUUCAACAUUUUGGGUUGCCGACCCCUGUGUUAAAUAACCAUACGUAAGACCUGCUUUUGUUUAUGAACCUGAGUGCAGUCACAGACACAACCUCACAAAAUGAAGCGCAACACAUUUAGUUCAGAGACUUUGCAAUGAUGAUUCUGAUUUUGAUAUUUUAAUAAUGGUAUAAUUACACACGUCUGCACUGCAUAAUACAAUAAAAAUAUUUACUGUUAGCUUAUCGAUACAUAUUACAACAUCAUAUAUACACAGUGCAAUCUCAGACUGUAUCACAAACUGCUCGUGCACAUUCUGACUCAUUUUCGUCAAAUAAUGAUGACUUUAAGGUGUGACAAAAUGCUUGUUUCAAAAACAAUAUGUACAAAAAUCUGUAACACCUAAUACAAAUCAAGCCCACAUGCGUUUUAUGGUCUUUGUUCAUUUGUAAACGGUGACUGGCAACAUGCAGGAUGCAGGAUGAACCAAAGCCGUAACACUGAACUGGAAAAAUGGUCUCAUGUUGAAGAGUAGCAUUCCGCAGCCGCCAUGCAUUUUAGCGCUACAGCUGCCACUGCAGCAGCUUCACCUCCUUCCAUUCACAGCUGAACGCCUUCUCGAGCUCGAAUUAAGGAACAAGUGCGCUGGGUCCACUACAAAUCAGCCUUCUUUCAAUCUGACCGCUGCCAAAAAAAAAAAAAUCUCCGUCCGACCACUGAUAUUGAUUUCAGCCAAGCGGCACUUAACACCACAAUUUUGUUAGAAUCACACAGCAAAAAUCACAGGACACAUGCAAAAAGCAAACCACUAACAUCCUCAACAAUAAAAAAUAAAAUAAAAUAAAAAUCUUUCCUUCUAUAAAAAUGAUCAGUGUUGCACCUGUGGUUCAAACGUGCUUUUAUCACAGUUCUUGAAAACCA